AUAGUUUCGUUCUUCCGCGUUUCCACUUAUUCUUUGAAGGCAGAGGCAGCUAUAUCAGUACUCGAGUGUUCUCGAGUCCUGCUGCAUCCCAGUUUCCCAACAAGAGCGGCACGGGGAUCCUAGAGCAGCAGACAUUCGCGUUGCAAUGGUGUUCUGCGCGGAUUUCGCUGCCCUCCGGCCGUCGCCGGCCGACGUCCGUGUCGUCACGUCCGACGGGAGCGCCAUCCGUGCGCAUUGCUCCGUUCUUGCCGCGGCGUCCCCGGUGCUGGAGCGGAUGAUCGAGGGCACGCGCCGCGGGUGGGACGCCGGCUGCACCGUCCACGUCCUCGGCGCGCCCGCUGACGCCGUUGCCGCCUUCCUCCGCUUCCUCUACUCCAGCCCCAGGGCGGAGGACGCGGUGGGCGCGCACGGGGCGGCGCUGCUGGCGCUGGCGCACGCGUACCGCGUCCCGUGGCUGAAGCGGCGCGCGGAGGCCGCGGUGGCGGCGCGCCUGACCGCGGAGCGCGCGGUGGACGCGCUGAAGCUGGCCGCGCUCUGCGACGCGCCGCGGCUGUACCUGGCGUGCGCGCGCCUCGCGGGCAAGGACCUGGACGCCGUGGAGCGGUCCGAGGGGUGGCGUUUCGCGGGCCGCCACGACGCCGCGCUCCAGCUGAACCUGCUCCAGCUCGUCCACGACGCCCACCAGAGAAAGGAGAGGUGGGAGAGGGAGCGCGCGUCGCAGCACGUGUACGGGCAGCUCAGCGACGCCAUGGCCUUCCUGGACCGCAUCUUCGCCGGCGAUGGGGAGGGAUGGUCCGCGUGCGCCAGUGCAGCCUCGUCGCGCGAGGACGGCGGCGUCCGCCGGGGGCUCGAGCAGCUCAUGCGACACUUGGCCGCGUGCGGCGGCAGGACCAGGAAGCCCGCCGCCUGCCCGCGCUGCAGGCGCGCGCUCCAGCUCCUCCGGCUCCACGCCUCAGUCUGCGACCGCGCCGGCGGCGAGCCUUGCAACGUUCCCUUGUGCAGCAACCUCAAGGCCAAGAUGCAGGAGGAAGGAGUGGGCAAGACAUGGAAGCUUCUGGUGAAGAAAGUGACCAGGGCUAGGGUGAUGUCCGCCCUGGCCAGCAGCAGCAGCAGGGAGGUGCCAGAGGUUGUCAAGAAGUCUUGGGCGAAAUAUAGCAGCAGUAGAGCUUCAAGAAUUAGAUAAAAUAAAAAAGGGGGAAACAUGAAGCAAAUACUAGUUGUUCUGUACGAGGCCAACGCAAUCUUGGUUUACAGUUU